GCUGGGCUUCUGCUGCAGGAUCAGACACGCUGAGUUCAGUCUGCACAGCUCUCUAGCGGUUGAUCUCUGUGUUGUAAACUCAGCAGUGUGAUCAUGUUGGCAUCACGGGCACACCUCGCCAAGCAGGCCGCAGCCAUGCUGGUGCGCCAACCCGCCUGCCUGAUGCAUCAUGGGGGAGACUGGGGCAACUGGGGCAACACCAACGUCGCUGUGGUGUUCUCAGGCUGCGGUUGGUGGGAUGGAACUGACAUCCAUGAGGCUGCGUACACCAUGUACCACUUGAGCCGUAAUGGAGCCCGUUUUCAGAUCUUUGCCCCAAACCAGCAGCAAAUGCACGUCAUGGACCACAUGAAGAUGCAGCCAUCAUCAAGUGACAACAGGAACGUGAUGAUGGAGUCUGCGCGAUUCAGCCACGGCCAGGGCAUGAUGCAGAUGAACGAUCUGUCCAAACUGGACGUUAACAGCUUUGACGCCGUCAUCUUCCCUGGAGGCCACGGAGUAGUCAAGAACCUGUGAGAGAGACAGUCUUUUAGCUGAUGAAUGCUAAUGCAAAUAUAAAUGUUAUUGAAAAGAAAUCAAUGCAGAUACAUUCCAAAAGUAGUGCAUUAUCCUGACAGGCCAGAUGCACAUAUAACCCAUCAAGAGUCAUUGUGGAGUCCAUCUGCACAUACUUCAACUUUGAUGACCCUCAGAUUAUGUGCGGAUUGAUCUUUUCACUAUUAGUCACUCCAGAUCUACCUCUAUUCCUGGAGCGAAAAUCCUCUUAUCAUGUUUCACUAUUAGCAAACAAUUGGUUAAGGCUAAGUGGAAAUAAAGGUGAUGGAUG